CCACCGAUUCUCUGUGUUUUGCUCCCGUCUCCGACGAGAGAGGCGGCGACGGUGGCGUCUGCGACGGGAGACAGCGCGUCGGAGCGAGAGAGCGCCGCGCCUGCCGCCGCCCCAACAGCGGAGGCGCCGCCGCCAUCGGUCGUCACUAGACCGGAGCCACAAGCCAUCCCUAGCUCGGCCAUUCGUGCCCCGCUUCCAGAUCUUUAUCCGUUUGGGACCAUGCGCGGAGGCGGCUUUGGGGACCGGGACCGGGAUCGGGACCGUGGAGGGUUUGGAGCAAGAGGUGGUAGUGGCCUUCCCCCAAAGAAGUUUGGUAAUCCUGGAGAGCGUUUACGGAAAAAGAAGUGGGAUUUGAGUGAACUCCCAAAAUUUGAGAAGAAUUUUUAUGUGGAGCAUCCAGAAGUAGCAAGACUGACUCCGCUCAUAGGUGCCAAGGUUACAGGCAUGGAGUAUGUAAUGGAUGUGCUGAUGGAUCAGCAUUUUACAGAACCAACUCCCAUUCAAUGCCAAGGAUUUCCUUUGGCUCUUAGUGGCCGGGAUAUGGUUGGCAUUGCACAGACUGGCUCUGGGAAAACAUUGGCGUAUUUGCUGCCUGCAAUUGUUCAUAUAAACCACCAGCCAUACUUGGAAAGAGGAGAUGGCCCAAUUUGUCUAGUGCUGGCUCCUACCAGAGAACUUGCUCAGCAGGUGCAGCAGGUGGCUGAUGAUUAUGGAAAGUGUUCUAGGUUGAAGAGCACAUGCAUUUAUGGAGGGGCUCCUAAAGGUCCUCAGAUUCGAGACUUGGAAAGAGGUGUUGAGAUUUGCAUAGCCACACCUGGGCGCCUAAUAGAUUUUCUGGAAUCAGGAAAAACAAAUCUUCGCCGCUGUACUUACCUUGUGUUGGAUGAGGCUGACCGAAUGCUUGAUAUGGGCUUUGAGCCCCAGAUCCGUAAAAUUGUUGACCAAAUCAGGCCUGACCGGCAGACACUGAUGUGGAGUGCAACCUGGCCAAAGGAAGUAAGGCAGCUUGCAGAGGACUUCCUGCGUGAUUACACCCAGAUCAACGUGGGCAAUCUGGAGUUGAGUGCCAACCACAACAUCCUGCAGAUUGUGGAUGUCUGUAUGGAAAGUGAAAAAGAUCACAAAUUGAUCCAACUGAUGGAGGAGAUCAUGGCGGAAAAGGAAAAUAAGACUAUAAUAUUUGUGGAGACAAAGAGACGCUGUGAUGACCUCACUCGAAGGAUGCGCAGAGAUGGUUGGCCAGCUAUGUGUAUCCAUGGAGACAAGAGUCAACCAGAAAGAGAUUGGGUACUUAAUGAGUUCCGAUCUGGAAAGGCUCCUAUACUCAUUGCCACAGAUGUAGCCUCCCGUGGGCUAGAUGUGGAAGAUGUGAAAUUUGUGAUCAACUAUGACUAUCCAAACAGCUCAGAGGACUAUGUUCACCGCAUUGGCCGAACGGCCCGGAGCACCAACAAGGGCACUGCCUAUACUUUCUUUACCCCGGGGAAUCUAAAGCAGGCUAGAGAGCUGAUCAAAGUGUUGGAAGAGGCUAAUCAGGCCAUCAAUCCAAAAUUGAUGCAACUGGUAGACCACAGAGGCGGUGGCGGCGGAGGGGGUAAGGGAGGUCGCUCUCGAUACCGGACUACUUCUUCAGCCAACAAUCCCAAUCUGAUGUAUCAGGAUGAGUGUGACCGGAGGCUUCGAGGGGUCAAGGAUGGUGGCCGGAGAGAUUCUACAAGCUACCGGGAUCGCAGUGAAACCGAUAGAGCCAGUUAUGCUAAUGGCAGUGGCUAUGGAAGCCCAAAUUCUGCCUUUGGGGCACAAGCAGGCCAAUACACCUAUGCCCAAGGCACCUAUGGGGCAGCUGCUUAUGGUACCAGUGGCUACACAGCCCAGGAGUAUGCUGCUGGCACAUACGGGGCUAGUAGCACCACCUCAACUGGGAGGAGCUCCCAGAGCUCUAGUCAGCAGUUUAGUGGUAUAGGCCGAUCUGGGCAGCAGCCACAGCCACUGAUGUCACAGCAGUUUGCACAGCCUCCAGGAGCUACCAAUAUGAUAGGCUAUAUGGGGCAGACUGCUUACCAGUACCCUCCCCCCCCUCCUCCCCCUCCUCCUUCUCGUAAAUGAAGCUGCUUGGUGGGAGUGACUCGUGCAGAUUACAUCUAAAGGAACACUGUCUAUUCUUUUACCUUAUAGCCAUUUUAAUUUUUCUUUUCCCAACCAUUGUGGUUUAUCUUUUUUUUUAAUGCAGAUUAGUUAAAAUUCACUGCCAGGUUUCUUCUGCCCACCCAAAAGAUCCAGUCUGUAAUAACAGAUUUUGUACGGAAAUAUAUAUAUAUAACUGACUAGAAAACAUUUUCUUCCCCCGAUUUAAUGCAUGUUGAGGAUAUUGAGCUAUUUUUCAUCUUAAAGGUAUUAGGCGCUUUUGUUGGAGCCUGCUUAUUGUUGGGAGGGAGGGUAGGGAAGGAUGGAGUGUUCUGCAGAAGAUGGCAGCAUCUGUGCUUCAGGCUGUUGUUCUCCUUACUGGGAGAAGCCAAGAGGAAUUUCAUGUGUGUUGUCCAUGGUGGGUUUUAAGUUACUGAAGUUAGAUUACUCGGCGUGGUGGAUUUUAAGACUUGUCAGUCAUUUUUAAGUUUAGAAAAACUACAAAGCAUUGUUUGCUGGGUAGACUGGCAUUUGGGUAGAGACUGCCUGGUUUUGCUCCCCAUAUAACUAGGGACCAUCUGAAAAGUUGAUUUCUUUAGCCAAAUAGUUACGAGCAGGAAGCAUGCAUCAGUGAGUAGCAGAUGCUUCCUAAGCAGCUGAGUCUAUGGUGUACAAAAUGCCUUUAUAAAUGAUGACAUCCAAAUGGGCAGAUCGUCCUCUUAAAUUCAGUAUUUUUAGAGUUAGGGUGGCUCGUGGGCUGCUCUGCCCUCUUGGCCAGGCUCUCCUGAGCAGGACUUCACGGCCUGUUCUGUGGUGUUUCAUAGCAGCUGGAGGCACUCGUCCUCGGCAUCCUUUUGCACUCAGCUUUCCACAGGUAGGUAGUGCUUAGGAAGCACUCUGGAGGACUAGAGCCCAGGUCCCCCUUACUCUGCAGUGGGAAGGUGGGUUUGUCCAUCCCUUUGUUAACUGUUUUCUUCCUGAAACAUCCAAGAGCAACAGAUGUACCUGAAAAGAAUUUUGCUCUUGUGUCCCCUAACAGGAUGGGACAGUAGAUGGCCCCAGCACCUGUGAGAGAUCAUCACAUGGCGGGGUCUUUUCCUUUGCUGUUACCUGUGCUGCUCAUUCACAGUACAGGAGGAGGCUCCACUUCAUUUCGUGGCUGUGCCCUCAGAGUGCUUGCUGCUUUGUAAAAGUCGUAACCAUACACUUGAGGUUUCCUUCAGGAAGAGAAAGGGGAUGGUUUUGAGGGCUCUGAAAGUAGGAUUCAGUGUGCGACACAACAGGUAGGUUGUCAGCAUAUGUUGGGUAUAUGUAUGUGAACGCUUGGCAUCCUUUUGUUUUUCUUAUUAUUUUACAGAAUAUGAAGCUGGGGGAGUGGUGGGCACAGAUGUGUGGCAACCCUGCUCUGUGCUUGAAACCAAAGUGUAUGUUGUCUGUCUCUCACCCUACCAAAAGGAAGUGUCUAAUCAUGGACACUGACCAGCCUGUUACAGAUACUUCUUUCUUCAGAUUUACUUAUUAAGCAUCAUACCAUGGGCUAUCCUGUGCUACUGCAGCUCUUAAAAAACACCCUUUCUGUUAAUGCCUUUGGAGAUGAAGCAGUAGCUAGGUUGUUUACCUCCCUUUUCCACCAGAAGCAUAAUCCAGAUAAAUUAACAGCCGAAUUACUACUUCAUGAGCUCUUUUGGCCUGGGUACGGCAGAAAACUAGCAGUUUUCCUAUUUAGUGCAAAUGACUUCUGUCUUCUUGUCUGUCCUUUGAGUUCUCUCAGAACAGGCCUAGGCACGCCCUCUGAGGUGGGGUAAUUGCCUUCCUCACUUAAGGAAAGGGCUUCAGUAUUAAGCUGUGGGCUGCUUCUCCCUACCCCUCCUGAACAAUUCAUUGUGCAGACUUCUCAUCUAAAAGGUUGGUGGCUUUUGCUUGGGAUCAGUGCUCUGCUAAUGCAUUUGCUGGUCUCUGAACACAUUCCUGUCAUUGAGACUUGAAUUGUAGGUGUGAUGUUAAGGCACAGGAUGCUAAGAGCUAUGUUACUACUAUUCUUAGUUUGUAAAUUGUCCUUUUGAUACCAUAUUGUUUUCUUUUGUAGGUAUAAAUAAAACAAUUGACAA